AUGAGAUUAAAUAGGACACUUUGGGUGAGUCUGGUACUUAUUUAUAGCUUUAUUAUUAGGGCUCAAGAUCCAUGGCAAGAUGCAGAGAGCAUGUUGCGGCAGGCUUUGAAGAGGGUGGAUCCAAUGGCAAGGUCUUCAAGCACAUCCGAUAGGAGCCGUACUGAAGAAAGUGGUGUACUCUACAUACCCAUGGAUUACUAUGAAGAAGAGCAAGAGAAGCGUUAUGCAUACUUCUUCAGUAAUGAAGCAACCGAUUGGCAAAAAAAGGUACACCGUUUGCUUCGAGAGUCCAGUGAAAUAUAUGGCAACCCAGAAGCUACGUUUAUAUUAGCUCAACUGCAUUUAUGGGGAGAUUAUGGAUUUCCUCACAACAAAACACUGGCAUUCAAGUACUCAGAUAAGUUUAAUAAUUUAACGCGAUUUACUAAUAGCUCCGUCCUUUUCGAUCUAUCCGUUAUGCAUUCAACAGGCUUUUUUGGAGAGAUACCGGUAGACCGUGCAAAAGGGCUUGUAUAUCUUCAACAGGCAGCAUCCUUAGGUAACAUGCAGGCCAAACAGGCUCUUGCAUAUAAGUAUUCUUCGGGGACAGACGUCCCUCGAGAUUGUAACAAAGCGCUACUGCUCUACCGCGAGAUAGCAGAAUCGAUUCGAAGGUCCUUCUCGGAUGAAGAGUGGUAUUUAUAUCCUCCAUAUGUGGAAACCUACGACGUCAGGCUUCCUGAUCUGACUGGAGGUUUAUUAGGAAAAGGUUUGACUACUUGGGUUAAAACACUUCAAGGGCGGCUUCCAUCAGAAAGACCAGAUAUAACGUCAUCAUUUCUUACAAAAAUGGAUGGAGGUAAGGUGUGGCUCAAGUUUGGAAGUGAAAAUAGUGGAGCAUCAUUUACAGAUAAUGAUGAUGACAGCUAUGAUAGAAUUGUUGACAUAUACUACACAGCACUCGAUGAGUAUAAGGGAACAUACAUGACAGCUCGUGAUUGUGAGGAGGCAAGAAAGAUUUUGGAACUGACUUUUAUAACAUUUGACAAUGAGGUUCCGGUAAUGGAUAAUUUACCAAGAUUUUUCUACGCAAAGUGUAUUGAACUUCUCGGCCACAUAUACUUCACCGGAGAAGCUGAAGGGCACCCCAAUAUUACUCUUGCUGAAAGGUACUUAAAUAGGUCCCUUGAGCUAUUUGAAACAUAUGGCUCUCUAGGGUCGACUUCCCACACAGAUUUGGGGUUGAUAUCGCAGUAUAUCAAAAAGAAUGACACCGACGCAAUCAAACAUUAUAGAAAAGGCGAGCACACAGAGUUUGCUACUGGUGCAGGUCGACACGACUUUCAAUUAUCAUUAUUGUCAAGUAAAUACCCAGAACUGAAGCUAGGUGAUCCUUUCAUGUUGAUUCAACACGCUUACGCCUUAGGAUCGCGCCCCGCUAUAUACGAGUUUGCAAGAAUGAAAGAAAGUGGAAUGGGCGGUUACUAUAGCUGCGAAGACAGUAUUGCAUCGUUUCAGUUAUUUGUAGAGCGAAGUGAAGAGCUUAUGGCACCCCAAUUGAGGACUGCAUACGGUGAACUUUUGAAAGAAAAUGGCGAGGUCGCGCUAUGGGCAUACGCACAGGCUGCUGAACAAGGAUACGAAGCAGCUCAAGUAAAUGCUGCUUGCAUCUCAUAUCUUCUUCCCCGUAAUUUCGAAGACCCCCCAAAAACCACAAGAGAGAGAAAACUAAUGUCGAUAUCGUAUUAUAUGCAGGCGUUAAAGCAAGGAAAUAUUGACGCCGGUGUUGUUGCUGGAAACAUAUAUUUUGAAAUGCAAGAUUAUUCAAAAUCCGUUCAGCUGUAUCAGAGCUCGGCUCUUAGAUUCUCUCCCCAAGCUUUAUGGAACCUGGGAUACAUGUACGAGUAUGGGCUUGGUGUAGAAAUAGAUUUUAGUAUGGCCAAACGAUACUAUGAUCAAGUGCUAGAAAAUAAUCCAAAACUUUACAUCGCCGUGAAACUAAGUGUACUAAAAUUAAGGGCUAAAGCAUGGCUCUUGUGGAUUACCGGGGAACGUUCUGGAUACGAACUUGGUGAUCGCGAUAAUGAGCAAAGUGAUGAUAAAAGGGUGCCGUGGUAUAAGAAACUCUUUGAAAGCUAUAAGAGCGCCUUUACAGGAAAUGAUGAGUCGGAAGGAGACAAGAAAGAAGGAGACGGAAGCACACAGAACGCUGAUUCGAAGCAGAAGGAGGAAAGUGAUGAAGGAACAUGGACAAGAUUGAGCUCUCUUGGUCUUCACCUGGAAGAUUUUUUGUCUAUCGCCUUUAUUCUAUUUCUCUUUCUCUUUAGUGUAAUUGUCAGGAUCAUCGCUGCGAGACGAGGCUGGAACGUCAACAAUGCAGAUGUACGUGUCAAUGGAAAUCAUGGCGCACAUGAUGGAGGUCAAAAUAACAAUGUCUUUCGUGGCAAUUUUGAGGUAAGGAUCGCGAUAUGA